AUGGCCGUAGCGGAGGAUCCUGACACGAAAAAUGUCCCCCUAUUAAGUAUGACGGAUAUUCAGUGCACAUUUGCGAGCGGAGGCACAGGCUUAAGGGACUCUGUUGCAGCUUUAUUAAGGAAACCAGAAGGGUUCCGAGGGGCACCCUUAUUCGCUGACGACCGAGCCACGGAUCCUGUCACAGAUCCUGUUUGUCAAAUAAGACCUGAACCUGAAGAUCCGACAGGAUUACUCUAUAGGCUACGAAUCACUGAUUUCACAAGAUGUGGCGUACUCAAACGGAAUGCCCUUGAUAUGUUCGGGGUUGCGACUCAUGGUAAGUGUAAGGGCAUGAACCCUUACAGUUAA